AUGUCCAACAAGCCGUUUUCGCUCAAGCCUCUGGAGUCCACGGACAACUCCCCCAACUACAACAAUCUGGUGUCGUCUUUCCAAUCCACCUUUCAGUACUACCAGUUUGGCAAUGAGCCCUCCAAGGUCGAGACCAUUGAUCCCAAGCUCCAGGAGCAGCUCCCCAAGGAGGACAUGCCCAAGGAGCACCAGUCGGUGGCGGUGCAAGACAUUCCUUCCCACGAUCCGUACGCCGCAUACUCGUUUCGAUACGUGCAUCCUCCGAGCAUCAACUACCAUCACAACUGGCAGGGAAACUAUGCGCUGAACAUGACAACGCUUCUGAACCGAGCCCAGAACUGCCAGGAGGACUGCGACGCUAUGGACAUGGAUCCUUCCUACUUCAACGGAAUCAACCCCAGCAUGCUCAACGCCCCCGGAGCCAUGUCGCAGCAUUACGCAACCAUGGCUCACUACUCGCUGUCGCCAGCCUCGCCCACUUCGGUCAUGUCAAACAUCCCCAGCAGUCUAUCAACUCCUCCCGAGGAGGCCAAGAAGGAGUAUGAAGACCCCCUGCUGACCUUCACAACCGCAGGCUUCAAAAUUCCCGACGACAAGUUCGAUUAUUCGUCUGUUCUGCAUCUCGAAAACGCAGCCAUGGCCCAGAGCCAUAUCGCCCGAGACUUUGAACUCAUCCAGUUUGACACGGAGGAAACCAAACACGAGUUUCUCCGGCGGUGCGGGAACCCCUUCUCCAACCUGUCCGCCACAGCCCCUAUUCCCGAGGCCGAGUACUGCGCCCAGCUCAACCCGGGAAAGGGAGGACGUCUCACGGUCUACGAGCCCAUGUACAAGUCGUACAUUUCGACCAAGGUCCUGGAAGACUACUUUUUGAACGGCACUGUCAUCAAACCUCGACCAGGUAACCCCAAGUGUCUGUCCAAGGUCGACAUUCACGGCCAGUGCCGGUACUGCGGCGAGUUUCUCGUCAUGCGAAACCACUCGUACUCGUCGCACAUGUACUCCAAGCACGGAAUCAGCGCCACCACCAACAACGUGCUGCCUCUGCCCACCAAGAUCUCGUCCAUCGAGAACAAAAGAGGAGGCAUCAAGCUACAGGGGUACUGUUCCAUCUGUCGCACCAACGUGGAUCUCAACGAACGGGCCAAGGAAAACGAGUGGAUCUCGUGGUUCUACCACCAGCAGGCCCACAAUGUGGUAGAGCGCAAGCAAUAG